CUUCCCUGUAGACAUUCCUUUUCCAGAGCACCAGUAAUCAAAAUAGUCUGGGAAAUAGAGAGAAUAUGGCCUCAUCAGGUAGGGACCAUUGCACCCUUUGUUAUGAUGAUGAUGGAUCAUCUAGAGAAGCUGUCACAUGGUGCACAGAAUGUGAGGUGCUCCUAUGUACAGGCUGUGAAAAACAUCACACAAAAUCAAAAGCAUCUAAAGACCAUAAAACUAUGUCGACUAAAGACUACCAUAACUUACCAAAAUUCAUGUUAGAAAUAAGUAGCCAGUGCAGAGACCACAAGAAAAAGUUUGAACUCUAUUGUUCGUUCCAUGCCUGUCCCUGCAGUGUACAGUGCAUCACUGAUAAACACAAAAAAUGUCAAGACCUGAAACCCCUGUCAGAUAUCCUGAAGCAAGUAAAAUCAUCUGCCUCAGUUCAACUUUUAGAAAAAGAUUUGAAGAAUGUUAAGGAAAACUUAGAGGAGAUUAUAAAAUAUUUGAUAAGCCGGAUGAACACAAGCAAUAGUCAGAAAACAAAGGCUGCAGAACAAAUUCGAUCUAUGAGGAAGUUGAUAGAUGAUUUCUUAAACAAAUUAGAACAAAAAAUUCUUGAUGACCUAGAAUCAAAGCAUUCACAGCUGAAAUCUAAGAUGAACACUUUCCUACACCAACUGAAAACACAAGCUGAUCAGAUAAGCCAAUUGCAAAGUGAGUUUUCUAAAAUGACACAAUAUGCAACUGACCUUCAAAUGCAUGUUGGUCUGAGAGAAAUUGAGAAAACUACAUCACAAGCAGCAAAAUACAUAGAUGAAUUAAAAAGUGGAGACCAAUUUGAAGAAAAGAACAUGGAGGUAUUCAUCUCAUCUGACCUUCAAUCAAUUUCAAAAGUGGUCAAAUCAUUUGGUGAUAUCAAUAUCAAUAUCAACCAAUCUACUCUUCGACUAAAUGCCAGAAGAAAAGAUCAAGCGCAGAACUUAGUGCCAACUGUUCCUAGAAUUGAAGACAGUAAACCAUACCUGUUUAGAGCUCUGAAAACUUCAGAAGAUGUGAAAUCUCCCUUGCCAUCUGUAUGUAUGUUAUAA